UUGAUUAAAAUCAAAAUUUUAAUUAUAAAAACUCAACAAUUGUUAGCAAAGUAAUUUAUUUCAAAUUUAAAUCAAAUUUCGCUCGUAUUUACAUGAUUCAAGAUAAUUUUUUAUACAAUUAGGCUAAAUGCAAACAAUAUUUGCAAACAAUAAAGUCUGAUUGUAGAUUGAACUUGAGUAAAAUCUUAUGAUUGAUCUCGUGAGAAUUUACAUGUAAAAGAUUUGAAAGAUGAAACCUGUUAAUCAUUGUUGAUGUUUACUUGACGCCAAAGAUUCGAAACAGUUUAUUAGCUCAAUAUAAUUGCAAUUUUAACUGAAUAAAUUGUUAAUCAACAUUGAAUUUCAAUGCUCCAGUGUUCCUCGACUUAUCUUUAUUUCCACUGUAGCCUUAAACUGACUUUAUUUUGAACUGUGCAAUCAUGUGUUUUGUCGAAUAGAAAAUAAUCACCCAAUGACCGUGUUACAACCUGCUUCUUCAUCAUUAUUAAAGUUUUUCUAUUUUGUUACCUGUUUGUUUUAAGCUUUUUUUUGAUGGCGUUUUUCAAUCCCUUUUCAUCUUCAUCAUCUUUUGGCCCUAUUGGUACCCCAUUGAGCAAAUCAAGCUCAGAAUUAACCAGGAAAUUAAAAUCUCACCCGGAUCCUGCUAUUCAAUCAAUUCCAAUGAACGUUCCACCAACAUUAGUGUCCAAUCAUAAUACCAGUAAAAGGAAAUCUCGCCGUGGAUCUUGUGUUGAAUGCGUUUUCUGUAAAAACAAUGGCCAACCUGUUAAUUUCUAUCAAAGCCAUACCCUUAAAGAUACAUUAGGCCGUGUUGUUUGUCCCAUUUUGUUUGCCUAUGACUGUCCAAUUUGCCAUAAUGGAGGUGGCCCUCAGGCUCACACUGUACGAUAUUGUCCUGAAAAUAAACCAAGUGCUAAGCUCGAGAAUUCACCUGUAAAUCGUGUUGAAUCAAAUUUACUUAUUCCACAAGAUACAUUACUGGCUCAAUUUCUGAGACUCUAUUUGGAUAAUCAGCAAUCUACGUCUUAUCUUAAACUAAAUUAUCUUUCAUCUUCUUCAUCUUUUGGCUCAAAUGGAUCAAUUGACCCUAUUGGUACCCCAUUCAGCAAAUCAAGUCCAGAAUUUACCAGGAAAUUAAAGGCUCGUCAAGAGACUGCUAUUCAAUCAAUUCCAAUGAACGUUCCACCGACACCUGUGUCCAAUCAUAAUACCAGUAGAAGAAAAUCUCGCCGUGGAUCUUGUGUUGAAUGCGUUUUCUGUAAAAACAAUGGUCAACCUGUUAGUUUCUAUCAGAGUCAUGUCCUAAAAGAUACAUUAGGCCGUGUUGUUUGCCCCAUUUUGUUCGCCUAUGACUGUCCAAUUUGCCACAAUGGAGGAGGGCCUCAGGCGCACACUAUAAGAUAUUGCCCUGAAAAUAAACCCAGCAAUCGACUCAGAAAUGCUUUACUCAAAUCUCAAGCCCUAUUGAACAGUGGCCAAUCAAUUUUGUGAAUUUAUCCAACACCCAUUCAUGAAUGUCCAAAUAUUUCAUGCAAAACUGCAAAACAAAACAAUUUUUGCAAAACUUUUGUUAUAUUCAUAUUAAUUUCAUUUUCUUUCAUUUGUAUGAUUUUCAUGGCCAUGUCUUGUUUAUUUUUAUAUUUUCAUUAACUUUCUAUC